GGACACAAACUCUGGACUCAGUCUCAAAAGGUGGAAGAUUCCGUUUACUGUCUUCUCAACAAAAAAUCAAGAGAACAGCACACCGCCAUGGAUAAAGUGAAGUCGGCACGGAAAGAUGAUAUGCAGAGCAUUGGCAGUGAUUUGUCGGAGCAGAUAAAAGCCAAAACUAGGGACAUCCACGUCAGGGCAGAAAACACCCAACUGAUGCUGAACUAUCAGAAGGGGCUGAUAACUCUUCCGCAGUACAAGCUUCUUCUGUUUUCCCUCUAUGAAAUCUAUAGAGCACUGGAAGAGGAGCUGGAUAGAAACGCUUCCCAUCCUGGUGUGUCACCCAUAUACUUCCCACAGGAACUUGCUCGACUGGAAACUAUAGAGAGAGAUCUAGAGCACUUCUUUGGAAAAGAGUGGCAAAAAAGAGUCAUCGUUCCUGCAGCAACACAACGAUAUACACAGAGACUUCACACGAUUGGCAAAGAUGAUCCAAAUUUGCUGGUGGCCCAUGCCUAUACCCGAUACUUAGGCGACCUGUCAGGUGGUCAGGUUUUGGGGAAGAUUACCCAGAAGUCAUUUGGGCUAAGCAGUGGAGAGGGGGUGUCAUUUUUCUCCUUCCCUGGGGUGUCAAGCCCUAACCGCUUCAAGCAGCUGUACAGGAGCAGAAUGAACAGCAUUGAACUGACAAAGGAGGAGAGGGAGGCGGUGCUGGAGGAGGCUCUCAUGGCAUUUGAACACAACAUCCAGGUCUUCGAUGAUCUUCAGAAAAUGUUGAGCAUCACAGAGGAAACUUCUGAGAACCAACAAGCAACACUCAUCCGCCCAUUUUCAAUUCUUCAUUGGUCUCUGGGAAUUUGUGCUGCCUUAGCAACAGUUGGAAUUGGCAUCUAUGCAUCAUAAGCCCUUAAACCAAGUCCUGAAACAUGUACGCUUGUCUGGAGGCUAUCAGAGUCACCUAUACAUGUAAGCACUUCCAGCUUGUCAUGCCAGUACUCUCGGUUCUGCUUACAUAGUUUUUAUUCAUCAGUUGGCUGUAUGUUCAAAUUCUUUUUUAUUGAAUAGUAAUAUUAAAGAAAUG